UUGAGGAAGGCUCAAAAACACCUAUUUGGAUUAUUACACAAGUGAACAGAUUCAUUGGAAACAUACAACACAGCUCUUCGCUACAUCUGCAAGUGCAAGUCAGAUCUCUAUCAUGUAAAGCGAAGCCAUAUAUCAACACCCAGAAACACCGCCGGUUUCUCUGAGCCCAAGCUGAGAUGGAGUUACGCAAAGUGGAAAUGUGUGCUGUGGUCUGGUAGGUCCACAUUUGAAAUUGUUUUUGGAAACCAUGGAUGCUGUGUCCGCUGGGCCAAAGAGGAAAAGAAAUAUCCGGAUUUUUAUCAGCACAAAGUUUAAAAGCAAGCAUCCAUGAUGGUACAGGGAUGUGUUAGGGCCCAUGGACUGGCUAACUUUCACUUAGAGCAACAAACGCUUCAGGGACGUCACUGCUUAUAUUAGCAAGACAUUGCCAAGCCGCAUUCUGUACAUGUUACAACAGCAUGGCUAUGUAGUAAGAGAGUGCAGUACUAGACUGGCCUGCCUGUAGUCCAGACCAUGCUACCAUUGAAAAUGCGUGGCACACUGAAGUUGUACAAAAAGCAAGAAUGGGAAACACUUCCACCUACAAAGCUUCAACAAUUAGUGUCAUUAGUUCCCAAACACUUAUUGAGUGUUGUCAAAAGGAAAGGUGAUAUAACACAGUGGUAAACAGGGCCCAUGUACCAGCUUUUUGGAAAGUGUUGGAUGUAUCAAAUUCAAAAGUGAAUGUUAGCAAAAAAACAAUAAAACUUUUCAGUUUGAACAUUAAAUAUCUUGUUUUUGUAGUGUAUUAAACUGUAUAUAGGUUGAACAGGAUUUCCAACUUCUCUGGAAUUGGGGUUGUACUUUUUCUUACAAUUGUUGCUAGUUCAUGGUGUUGUUUGUCCUCAUGUCAAACAGCUGCUGCAACACGGUGAAUAAAACCCAAAGUAUUGAGGAAGGUUCAGUGUCCAUCAGCUGCCUGUAUGACUGAGUCUGUCAACAACCUGAUGUUUGUCUGCAGUGGAAACCGUCCUUCCACAUGUCUACAGCAAGCAGUAGUCCCUUCCAACAACACAUAAAAUGGACAAUUCAGACUCACUGAUGACAGGAAGUCUAGAAUAUUCACAGUGACCAUUUCCAGUCUGACCCUGAAUGAUUCUGGGUCGUAUCUUUGUGGUGUCCAAAGAAACUCAGGGCUGGAUGUUUCCUCUGCUGUUGAAUUGGAGGUCAAAGAAUGGUGCUGUGUGGAGUCCAAGGACAUGAGCGGCAUUAUGGGACAUACUGUAACCUUCCAGUGUCCUUAUCCGCCUCAUCAUAGUAAUAAUACGAUGUUCCUUUGCAAAGGAAACAAGCGCAGCAACUGCACAGACAUGGCUUAUCAAAGCAGGUUCAUGCGGCAUAAUCGUACUGCAACAUUUGUUUCUGUGAUGAUCACAAAUCGUGAAGCAGAGGAUUCGAGGACAUACUGGUGUAGAUCAGACCUAGAGUGGAGUGUGGGAAACUACAUGCAGUUUCAUCUGUCUGUUGAGAAAGAACAGAGUGAUACGUCAGGACAGCCCAAGAUGAAAGUUGAUGGAGAGGUGGCUGGAUGAGGGAGAAUGAUGUGGAGCCUGGGAGGACGGGUAUAAGCUGCUGCCAAAUCGGGGACCUUCCCAAGGAAAUGGUGAGCGCUCUGGUGGAGGUUCCGGAUCCAGACAGAAGCUUGGAGAAAGGACUGAAGAUCUCUAGAGCCUGAGACUAGGACAGUGGGUUUCCUAGGAAGGAGCACACAAUCAGGUUGAUGGAAAUGGGAAACACCUGCUACCCUCAGCAAUGGAGGAUCUUGGCGGCAUCUAGUGACACACUCCAUGAUGUUGAGAUCAGGGCUGUGUGGGGGCCAUACCACCACUUCCAGGAAUCUCAAGGUGUUCCCAGGCCAGACGGGAUUUAUAGUCUCUCUAGCAACUUCCAGGUCUUUCCUCGGGUCUCCGCCCCAGUGGAACAUUCCUGGAAAACCUCCAAAGGGAGACGCCCAGGAGGCAUCUUGAUCCUAUGUUAUACCACCUCAAUUGGUUACAGCAGCUCUACUUCAGGCUCCCCCAGGUGACGAAGCUGUGUCCGGCCACCCUACAGAGGAAGCUCAUUUCAGCCACUUGUAUCUGUCCAAGCUCAAGUAUCCCGAAGCUGCAAGUGAAUAAGUAUAAAUGUUCAGUUGUUGGGUGUAUUAACCCAUACAAUUCAAUGCUGGUGAAGACCAGCAAGAUGAGUGGGUUUGUGGGAUGUCUCAUUAUAUUGCCCUGUUCCUGUCCCCUGCAACACUGGAAUAACAGGAGGUUCCUCUUCACCAAUGUGACAACUGCACUGACGUGGUGACGAGGAGAAGCAGGUUCACUCUGCAAGGCCAUAUCUCUUCCCGCGCUGUCUUAGUGGUGAUCACAAAGCUGGAAGCAGGUGAUGCUGGGAAGUACUCAUAAGUACUGGUGUGGCAUCACAUGUUUAAAACUUUAUUCCGAUUAUGUUCAUUCACAUAUUACUUCUUUAUUUUAGGUGUUACUGUCUUUAAAAUAGUGGCUUACACAGGUUCUGCUAUCCUCUUGGUGCUUUUUGCUCUGCUCAUCACUUUUAAUGGCAAUGCAAAUGGUAGACUUAGAAGAUGCAAAAGCAUUGAUUUUAUACAGAGAUUUACUGUGAUUCAAAACAUUAAAGUACUUCCUUGAGUAUGAAACCAGCACUGACAAGAAAAACAGAACUAUACUAAGAAUAUACUAUACUUGGAAAUAAAUGUAGCAUUCUAGUUAAAAGCCUGUCCAACAACAAGGUUCAGAACAGGACAAGUGGUCUGUGUCACAAUCUGCCAUUUAGUGUUUUGUGUUUGUUUACUUUUGCUCAGUCAGGUGUUUUUCUGUUCCUCCAUGUCUUUAGCUUACGUCUUUUAGUUGUUUCUCUCUAGAUUCUUGUGUUUCAUGUGUUUGUUUAUAUUUACCUUUAGAUCUGCUUUCCCUUAGUUUUGUUAUUUAGUAGUAUCUAGUCUUCUUUGCUGCUUAGUUCCUCAUGUUCAUUAGUUUAAUUAGACACAUUACCCUCAGUCUCUCUGCAGCCUGUUCCACACCUGUUCCCUGUUCCCCAUGAUUACUCUGUCCCUCUGUUCAUUGGUUCUCCCUGUAUUCCCCGUCUGUAUUUAAGCUGGUUUGUUUUCAUUGUUCCCUGCUGGUUCCUCUCAACAACUGCCCUGUUACCUUCUUCCUAGUGGUUUAUUUUAUGUUUGGACUCCUGAACCUGUUCUCUGUGGAUUACCUGCUUGUACUCAGUACUCUGCCUGCCUGUCUAGUCGACAAAAAGAUCUGCUGAACGAUGUCGUGGAGCUAUGAAAACCUUCAGAUCUGCCUCUGCUUUGCUUUAUGUUGUGUGACCAAUGCAGUGAUCCAUGUAUCUGGAUAUGAAGGCACAGGAGUAAAUAUUGUUUGUCCCUACAAUCUCAACUUUGAGCAUCAUGAAAAGUACCUAUGUAGGAAUGAUUGUAAACAGGAUGAGGAUGUUCUGGUAAAGAGCACAGAAGGAACGAAGGGAAGAUACUCCACCAGCGAUAAUAAGGAGAAGCACACUUUCAAGGUGACCAUUUCUGAUCUAAGUUCUAAGGAUGCUGGCAAAUAUUGGUGUGGGGUGUCCAAGUUUGGAUAUGACACCUUCCCUGCAGAAGUCUCACUGAAAGUAGAGAAAGAGUGGUGUUGUGUGAAGACCACCAGGAUUAAUGGCAUUGUGGGAAGUCCCAUUAUGAUGUCCUGUCCUCAUCCACCACAACACCAGGAUAAGAGAAAGUUCCUCUGUAAGGGAGACCACCGUGAUAAUUGCACCGAUUUAGUGACAGGCGGAAGCAGGUUCACUCUGCAAGACGAUGUCUCUUCCAGCUCUUUCUUGGUGAGGAUCACAAAGCUGGAAGAAGGUGAUGCUGGGACAUACUGGUGUGGUUCUGAUUCAAAGUGGAGUCCUGGAAACUACACCAAGAUUGAGCUGACAGUUGAGUGGUGCUGUGCGAAGACAAACAACAUACAGGGCAGUGUGAGUUACCCCCUUCAUUUUUACUGCCCCUAUUCACCACAACGACGUCAUAACAGGAAGUUCCUCUGCAAGGGAGAUCAGCGCAGCAACUGCACUGAUGUGUUGUUGAGUCAAAGCAGGUUCUCUUUGCAAGAUUAUGAGUCCUCCAGUUCUUUCUCUGUGAGGAUCACAAACCUGGAAGAAGGUGAUGCUGGGACAUACUGGUGUGGUUCAGACUCGAAAUGGGGUGCUGGAAAUUACACCAAGAUUGAGCUGUCUUUAGAGUGGUGCUGUGUGAAGACUGAAAAGAUGAGGGGCAUUGUGGGACAUUCCAUUGCUUUGUCUUGUCCCUAUCCACCACACCAUUGGAAUAGCAAGAAAUUCCUCUGCAAAGGAGAACACAACGACACCUGUAAUGAUGUGUUGCUGAAUCAAGGCAGGUUCACUCUGCAAGAUAAUGUGUCGUCCAGUUCUUUCUUAGUGAAGAUCACAGAGCUGGAGGAAGAUGAUGCUGGAAUGUACUGGUGUGGUUCAGAUUCCAAGUGGAGUGCUGGAAACUACACCAAGAUUGAGCUGUUAGUAGAUGCUUCCCCUCUUAAAAUGGUGGCUUACAUUGUCCCUGCUGUCCUGCUGGUACUUUUAGUUGCUAUGUUCAUAGCAUAUGAAUCCAAAUCAAACGGAGCUCAGGCCAGGAAAGACAAGAGAAGAAGAAAGCUUGAAGCUCCAGAGAUGAAUUGUGUAAAGCCAGAAGAUUCAGUUUACAAGAACACCAGUCACAAUGAUGAAGCAGCGGAUGUCCAAGAACAACUUUAUGAAAACCUCGUAACAACAAACGACAUCAGCUCUGUAUAUAUGUAGUACAGAUCACCCACAGACAGUUAAUUUUUGCCUAACUUUUAAAGUUUUGAUUUCUUGCUUAAGCUUUUUGCUAUAGUGUCCAUAUUAUAAUCUGUAAACUUAUUGAGCUUAGCAAUAUAUAUUUAUUAAACAAAUGUUGCCUAAAUGGUACACAUUUGAACAAUAGUAGCCUGUUUUAACUUUUCAAUGUCAGACUAAAACACGGACUCUUCAAAAAACUUUAUUCAUAGCUUUGGUAGUUUCUAAAAAAUGAUGAGACAUGUAGCAACAGUGUUAACCAGUGUCAAGCCUCUACUUUCUAGAGGCUUGACCUCAGCCAAUAGGAGAGAAGCUGAAGCGAUGACGCUGUUCCAAAGACCGUUUCUGUCCAGUCCCCUUUAUUUUUACAUUUCCAGCAGUUUGUUAAAGAGGAAGAGACAAUACAGCGACCAAGGAAUGUAAAAAGGAAAGACGGCAAUAAAUUGACUCAGGGAAAUCUGUUGGGUACAAAAGGAGGAGAAAACCAAUAAAAGGACAGUGAAAUUAGAAAAAUAAUUUAUUUUUGAGGGAAAAUAAUCUUUUAAAUAUGUUUGGAUGGUAAUAAAUAUGAAAUAAGUAAACAAGUUAGUGAAAAUAAAACAAAAGGAAAUUCACUUGUAUUAAAUAAACAGGAAAAACAUUGUGUUCAAGAAAAAAUGAAAAAAAUUAUUUGAAAAUGUGGUUUUAAAUUUGUGGUUUAAAUACAUUUAUUUGAUUAAAUAGAAAUAUAUCUGAAUGGUUGAUCAAUUAUUGAAUACAUAUCUUCUUUUCAUUAUUUUGUUGCAUUUAGUUGCACUCUACUUAAUAUUUCUAGCUUUUUUUUGGUCCAGUAAUUAUUUUAUUGAGUCUUUUAUUUAUUACUUUAUGUAUUCUUCAUUAUGGCAAAAUUGGUCCUCCAUACACAGACUCCAUCCACUACCAAUUCAUAUGGAACCGGACCCUCCGUAAAAAUAUUAACAGGAUGCCCAGAAGAAACUUGGUCAUCAUCUUUUACAAUAUUAUAGAACAGCAGCAUAUUUAGGUCGGUAAUAUUAGUGGUUGACUCCCCCUAGUGGUCUGGUAUGGAAGCAAAUCGUUACCAUAUUUCAAAUGAAAAAGCAUUUUCAGAAAUGCUUUUUCAUUUUAAGAA